AUGGUGACAGUGAGAGAGGAGAUGCGCAAGGGGCCAUGGACAGAGCAGGAGGACAUGCAACUGGUAUGUACUGUCCGCCUUCUCGGUGACCGCCGCUGGGACUCCAUUGCCCAGGUCUCAGGCCUCAACCGGACGGGCAAGAGCUGCCGCCUACGGUGGGUGAACUACCUCCACCCCAGCCGCAAGCAUGGACGCUUGUCGCCGCAGGAGGAACGCCUAGUCAUCGAGCUCCAUGCUCGCUGGGGUAACAGUUGGUCUAGGAUAGCCCGGAGGUUGCCGGGCCGCACCGACAACGACAUCAAGAACUACUGGAAGACACGGAUGAGAACGAAAGCGCAGGAGAGGGAGAUGAGCGUGUCGCCUUCGUCCUCAUCCUUCUCACUGACGUACCAAUCCAGCUGCCUCUUUGACACUGCUCCUGUCGAUGGUAUGAGCUGUGAUGACACUCACGAUGUCAAUGUCAGUAGCUGCAUCACAGGUAGUGCCCUUGAGAGCACCGAUGGAUUAUUCCCCAAGGAUCAGAUUUGGAGGGAGACGGAGACACCACUGCAAGCACCUGCGUUGCCGCAGGGCAUUCAUCAAGCAGACGAGAAAGCAUGCAGCAGUGUCCCCUUCUGCUCCGGCAACAACUGCCAUGUGGGAUGA